CAAUUUGCAGAGGAAAAUAAUGCCUGACAGGAGACUGCUGCAGUUUUUCUACAUUUAUGGUUAGAUCCAGAUUUGCAAGUUAUUCCUGCUUAUUAAAACAUUUAGUAACAUCUUCAAUACUAAGCUUGUCCCUCCCUUUUCUUUUCGUUUGGUCCAGUACCAAUUUAUAGCUUGGUCUCCAGAACCUCCUCUGACAAGUUUCCUUGCUUUCCUUUGAGAAUAGGCAGCCGCGGUCAGAGCCGAGGAGAUCAGAGGCAAAGCAGAAGUUGACUAUCUUCUGGGAGAUCAGAUGACCCUCUUGCAAGUGAUAAUGUAAACAGCUAGCAACUGCUGGAAUCGUGGGAGUUUGAAAAAAACCUGAAGAAUUAUCCUGCAGGAUAAAAACUACCAACACCAUUCCAGAGGAAGACUAGGAGGUCAUUUAGCAAAGACAUGAGUCUGGUGGAGCUGAGGCAGAUGGCGGGGUCUCUCACCCUGUCCCUGUCCAGCAACGACCCCAAGGAGCGCUACUUUGACCGCAAUGACGAGAGUGACUCAGAGUAUCUCCGCAGCAGGAAUAUGUCGCCAGACCUGAGGCAGGACUUCAGCAUGAUGGAGCAGAAGAAGAGGGUUACCCAGAUCCUGCAGAGUCCGGUGUUUAAGGAUGAGUUGGAAGGUCUGAUUCAUGACCAGAUGACAAAGGGCAACAACCCUACAGGUCUCCUGGCUCUGAGACAGAUUGCUGACCUGGUCAUGGCAAACACCUUGGGAGGGGCUGGCCCCCUGACUUCACCAAUCAGCGUUGGGAUGGUGACUCCAGUCAACGACUUGUAUGGCAUUGAGUCUCCCUCCUUUGCCAAAGGGGAGAAACAGAGUCGCUGCAGGCUGGCCAGCCUCUACAGGCUUAUUGACAUCUUCAGCUGGGCUCGUUUUACAAGCUCCUACAUUACUGUGCGUGUCAAUAAAGAGCAGGAUCAUGUUCUUAUUAGUCCACAAGGUCUGUCUUUUGCCGAGGUGACGGCAGCAAAUUUGGUGAAAGUGAACAUAAUUGGUGAGGUGGUGGACCAGGGUUCUACUGAUCUGGGCAUCGACCACUUUGGGUUUGCUCCUCAUUCCGCCAUUUACUCAAUGCGCCCUGAUGUGAGAUGUAUCAUCCACAUACACACCCCGGCUACAGCUGCUAUCUCCUCGAUGAAAUGUGGAAUCCUGCCCAUAUCCCAUGAGGCUUUGCUUCUGGGAGACGUGAGCUCUUUUGGUUACCAUGGAAGCCUGGGUAAUAAAGAGGAGAAAGUGGAGUUUCAGAAAGCUCUGGGCCCUACUGCCAAGAUGAUGAUCCUCAGGAACCAUGGGCUGCUUGCUUUGGGAGAAACAGUAGAAGAGGCUUUUCACUAUGUGUACCACUCACAGCAAGCUUGUGAAAUCCAGGUGAAUGCUUUGAGGUGUUCAGGUGGCGUGGACGGCCUCGUGCUGCUGGACAGACAGAAGUUUAAACCCCUGACCCAGGGAGUGGCCGCUGCCGGGUUGGUGAUGGACAAUGAGGUCAAGUGGAAAGUGGGCGAGGCCGAGCUUGAGUCCCUAAUGAGGAUGCUGGACAACCUGGGAUACAGAACAGGCUACUCUUAUAGGAACCCCAUCGUCCGUGAAAAACCCCGCUCUAAGAACGACGUAGAGAUCCCUGCCACGGUGUCAGCGGUGCCACCGGAGGACAGUGAGCUGGGUCUGCAUAGCCCCUUCAAGUUUAUGGUGCAGAAACAGCAGAGAGAAAGGACCCGGUGGCUCAACUCACCCAACAGCUACUUGAGGGUCAAUGUUCCUGAACAUUCGCCCAGCGGGGAUGUCAGCCCCAGAACCAAGACCAUGUGGAUGAAGUCUUCACAGCCAGGCAAUAGCAUCGGCACACCAAUAAAGAUCGAGGACCCCAACCAGUUUGUCCCACUCAACACUGACCCAACAGAAGUUUUGGAUAAGAGGAACCGGAUAAAAGAACAGCACAGAGGUGACCUGAUGACUUCUGGACCAAAAUCCCAGUUACUAGCAGGCAUUGUUGUGGACACCAUAAAAGGCCCAGCUUUCAUCAUUGAGGACGAGGAGCAGACUCGCUCUCUGCCCCCCAACCCUUUCAAUGAGCUUACAGAGACGGUGCUUGAAGAAUACAAGAGCAUGGUAGAAAGGAAGCAGCAAGGCCAAGAAGAAGAUGAUGAUGCCACUGAUGCAGAUGAGAUGACAACAUUUGAUGGCUCUACUAUCUCCCUCUCCCUCUCUCCCAUAAUGACGCCAGCUAAAGACAAAGUACCCAAUGGGAAAGACUACUUAGAAGAAACAGACGAGGAUCUGAGCAUGGAGGUAUCCAAGCUGAGCGUGAGCACUUUGGAAACGGUGGAAAUCUCCAUUACAUCGAAGACUCGGGAGGCUCAGACCCCGGAGAGCCAAACCAAGUCCCCCAAGAAAAAGAAAAAGAAGUUCCGCACACCGUCAUUCUUGAGAAAGAGCAAGAAAAACAAGGAUGAGAAAGUAAAAACAGAAGCCUGAGGGCAUUUGCUGUAAACAACAAUUAGUGUUUUGCGUGGAAAAAACAUCAGAAUUGCCUUUUUUAAUUUUCGGCUUGUUGAAGGGAGGUGAAAUGAGAGAAAAGACUAUCUUUAAGUCUGAAAGUCUCUCAGGAAUGUGGUGUUUUUACACAUCUUCCUUCCCUCAUUCACAGCUAUUAUUUCAUGUGAAGGUUUUUCCAAGAUGUGGCAGAAGAUGGUAAUAUGGGAGUUUUUUUAUUCCAUGAGAAUUCAUGAUUGACUACUCCUGAAGGGCUCAGUAAAAUGAAAUCAAAUGAAAAGUAAACACAAAACUGCAUAUACAUGGUUGUUAUUACCCAUGUGUUAAUGGGGUUUAAAAAGGAAAUCAAAGGUUAUGAAAACAUCAGAUUACAGUUACGUAUUUGUGAUUUUUUUUCUUCUUUUUGCACAAGUUUAUUGUUGAAUGUAUAGUUAAAGCUAAGAAAAUCGUUUUAACAAUUUAAAAUUUCACAAUCACCCUAGUAGUGUAACAGUGGCUGGACAUAUUAAGAUUAUACGACGUUCAGCCGAAGGAGUACGAAUUGUAUCGGAAUGUAUUCAUAGGGAUACUAUCUUGUAAUAUAUGUUGUUUCAUAUUAUAGGUAUUACAAUAUAGUGUUUGAUAGUUACAUAAAUGAUUUGAUAGUCUUUACACAUUUAAUUUCCAUACUAACUCUUAUAGUAAACAUGCUGUGAUUGAUAAUUCAGAAAUAAUUCAUAUUGUUUUUACAUUUAUGUCAGAGGUAUUGUUCCCAUGGUUGCUGCUUUAUUGUAAUUGUGACAAGGAAUUGACUGUGACUAACACAAAGAGCCCAGUAAUGUGAUGGUUCUUCCAUAUGGAUGUUUAUGAGUUUGACUUUUACAAAACUGACAGAAAAUCACAGCUUGUUUGGACGUCGACAAUGAAAGUGCCAAGCCUGAAUCCCAGAGAUGGAUGUUUUGAUUCAUUUUGUCAGUUGAUGGUAAUAUGCUGUGGUAAAGCUUGUCUUCAUAGCCACUGUUAGAGUUUGAUAUAAAGUAUAUUAGAGGAUCAUAUAUUUACAUCCCAGUCAAUAAUGUGAAGGAUUUUUGAUGAUGAUGUUUGUAUCUUUGUAAAUAGUCUGUUUUUUGUGACGUUCCUUUGUUACGCUAAACCAAAUGUUAAUCAAUGAAACAUAGAAAUGUGACAGUACAAUCUAAUAACACUAUUUUAACACUUAUUUUUAUUCACCUUAAUUAAGCUCCUUUUUUAGUGAACAUGCACACGCCCUGUGUUUACAAAUUGUAUUACUUGCUAAUUUGUGUGCCUAGUGCUUGUAGUUUACAUUGCUAUUUGUGUCACUCUGGUUUCCUUCAUGGUGCUUUACAUUACAGUCACCUUCCCUCAAAGUCCUGUUCAAAUUGCCUUCCAUCUGAUGUAAUAAAAGCUUGGAUAUGUUUCCAUA